AUGGACGAGGAUAGUAGGUCACCGCAUCGCGGGCCUCCGCGCAGUCUCAGAAGCAACACCACACCAUCAGCUUCACUCUCUGCGCCACUUUCUGCUUCGCCUAGUUGUGGACCUACUGGCACUUCAGCUUAUAACCUCAGAAGUAACACUGCACAUUCUGCUGCACCAUUCACUGCACAACAGCUUUUUCUUCAUAUUUGCAAUGCAAUCCUUCAUGCUGAAGACAGUAAGGAAAUAAUCUGCGAGAAUAUUGCACCUGAGAUUGGCUCUUUGGUGACAGUAUCUCUUGCCAAUGAACCCCGCAUUGAAAGAGCGUUACCAAGAAUCCAUUUCAACGCAGCUUCAGGGGUCUUACGAGUUUUAAUAAUGCCCACUGAAAUUCAUAACGUACAUGUGCAAUGGCUUAAGAACGAGCUUUGGUUUAUGACUGUGGCUCAGUUUCUAUCGCCUCCUGAGUUUCUAUUUUUAGAACUGAAUGUUGGCACCAGGUUCACUGGUUUCUCCGGUGUUUAUACAGGUUCUAGUAAGGAACCUGAUCUCUUGCUUCGUCCUGAUACACAUGGAUCCCUCCCUCGUGUAAUUGUUGAGUCCGGAUGGUCAGAGAGCUGGCCGCACUUAGAAGCAGAUAAGAAUCUGUGGUUUUCUGGUGGUCUCGACGUGGCCUAUGUAAUCCUUCUUAAGUGGACGAGAAUUGCCAACGGUUAUGUUACGGGUUUAAUCGAGGUAUGGCACCGAAAUCCUGCCGGGGCGGUAAUCCAGCUUCACCGUGAGCAGCUUUUCCCAGUGCCCGCAGCUACUGUCCAAAGAGAUCCUCCGAUAACCCUGGGCGAACUUUUCGGGCCAUAUAUCACGCCGGGUAGAAAUGCGAACACAACCUUCAAUUUGUCUUUGAACAGGCUACGAGCCUUGGCGAGGGAAAAGAUACUAGCGAUGGGCCUCACUCCUGCGACAUAG